UGACCGUCCCCACGCACCCAGGCGGCAGCCUUGGCCAGGGAGGCUGUGCUUCACAGCCUCUUCGUUUUCACUGCAGGACCAGGCACGAAAAUUAAAACACAAUGAAGAUUUUUUCUGAAUCGCAUAAAACGGUGUUUGUUGUGGAUCACUGCCCUUACAUGGCAGAAUCGUGCAGACAACACGUUGAGUUUGAUAUGCUGGUGAAGAAUAGGACCCAAGGCAUCAUCCCUUUGGCCCCUAUUUCUAAAUCAUUGUGGACUUGUUCAGUAGAGUCUUCCAUGGAAUACUGUAGAAUAAUGUAUGAUAUAUUCCCUUUCAAGAAACUGGUGAAUUUCAUUGUGAGUGACUCUGGAGCACAUGUUUUAAAUUCUUGGACUCAAGAAGACCAGAAUUUACAGGAGCUCAUGGCAGCGUUAGCUGCUGUCGGGCCUCCUAACCCUCGCGCAGAUCCAGAGUGCUGUAGUAUUCUGCAUGGUCUUGUUGCAGCAGUGGAAACCCUUUGCAAAAUCACUGAAUACCAGCAUGAAGCCCGUACUUUGCUCAUGGAGAAUGCAGAACGUGUUGGAAACAGAGGGAGAAUAAUUUGCAUUACUAAUGCAAAAAGUGAUAGUCAUGUACGCAUGCUUGAAGACUGUGUCCAGGAAACAAUUCAUGAACAUAACAAGCUUGCUGCAAAUUCAGAUCAUUUCAUUAUUUUGAAAGCAAAACCAAGUUAUUUGAAAUGUUUUCAAUUUUGCUUAAAGGAAGAACAACAUGCUAACACAUCUGCCAAUUACGAUGUGGAGCUACUUCAUCACAAAGAUGCACAUGUAGAUUUCCUGAAAAGUGGUGAUUCCCACUUGGGCGGCAGCAACAGAGAAGGCCCAUUUAAAGAAACGAUAACCUUAAAGUGGUGCACACCAAGGACAAAUAACAUUGAAUUACACUAUUGUACUGGAGCUUAUCGAAUUUCACCCGUAGAUGUAAAUAGUAGACCUUCUUCCUGCCUUACUAACUUUCUUCUAAAUGGUCGUUCUGUUUUAUUGGAACAACCACGAAAGUCAGGUUCCAAAGUCAUUAGUCAUAUGCUUAGUAGCCAUGGAGGAGAGAUUUUUUUGCAUGUCCUUAGCAGUUCUCGAUCCAUUCUGGAGGAUCCACCUUCAAUUAGUGAAGGAUGUGGAGGAAGAGUUACAGACUACCGGAUUACAGAUUUUGGUGAAUUUAUGAGGGAAAACAGAUUAACUCCUUUUCUAGACCCCAGAUAUAAAAUCGAUGGAAGUCUUGAGAUCCCUUUGGAACGAGCAAAAGAUCAGUUAGAAAAACACACCCGUUACUGGCCAAUGAUUAUUUCACAAACCACCAUUUUCAACAUGCAAGCGGUAGUUCCAUUAGCCAGUGUUAUUGUGAAAGAAUCUUUGACAGAAGAAGAUGUGUUAAACUGUCAAAAAACAAUAUACAACUUAGUUGAUAUGGAAAGAAAAAAUGAUCCUCUACCUAUUUCCACAGUUGGUACAAGAGGAAAGGGCCCUAAAAGAGAUGAACAGUACCGUAUCAUGUGGAAUGAAUUAGAAACCCUUGUCAGAGCCCAUAUCAACAACUCCGAGAAACAUCAGAGAGUCUUGGAAUGCCUGAUGGCAUGCAGAAGCAAACCCCCAGAAGAAGAAGAACGAAAGAAGCGAGGGAGAAAGCGAGAGGACAAAGAAGACAAGUCAGAAAAGGCAGUGAAAGAUUAUGAACAGGAAAAGUCUUGGCAGGAUUCAGAGAGAUUGAAAGGGAUUUUAGAACAUGGAAAAGAAGAGUUGGCUGAAGCUGAGAUUAUAAAAGAUUCACCUGAUUCCCCAGAACCUCCAAACAAAAAGCCCCUUGUUGAAUUGGAAGAAACUCCACAAGUGGAAAAAUCAAAAGGACCAGUGUCCUUAUUAUCCCUGUGGUGUAAUAGGAUCAACACUGCCAAUUCCAGAAAACAUCAAGAGUUUGCUGGACGUUUGAACUCCGUUAAUAACAGAGCAGAGUUGUACCAACAUCUCAAGGAGGAAAACGGGAUGGAGACAACAGAAAAUGGAAAAGCAAGUCGACAGUGAGCAGGAACUUGAGGAAUGAAAUUUAGUAUAUUGCAAAAAUAUUUUGGGCAGAUUUGAUACAAGUACUUUUACAGCGAGAUUGUAUAGCUACGUUGCUAGGCUGGUUUUUACAUUUUUAAAAUAUUUCAACAAACUUUUUUGUACUAAUUAUAAAAUUGGCAUAUAAGCAAAAACAUACAUUUGAGAUUUGUCCUCCCAAGUCACAUAAAUUUAUUUUAUGGUAAAAGGUGUUGCCUCUGGAAAUGUUUUUUAAAAAAAUUCUUAGGCUUCUCUUUGCCAAUAAAAAUAUUAAAAUAUCGGAAAUGUAUAAUAUUGGAGUAUUGCUUUUUUGGGAAGUAUCACUUUAGACAAAAGGGAUUUAUUCAUUUAAUGACAAACAACAACCUUUAGAAAUUUUUAAAAGCUGGAUCAGAGUGUAGGUGAAUUUGUGAUACCAUAUAUAAGGAAGGAGAGAGGGGUACUUUACUAAAAAUACUGCUUUCAUUUGUUUUUUAGUUACUUUGCCUUUGACUAAUUGGGUGUGUGUGUUACUUAAAAGCAGAAUUUUCAGAUAGUUGGUAUAAAUUUAUAUUUGCUAGUUCUUUCUGCUAAAAAUUUUCUGUCCAUUAAUUUUUCAUAUGCAAAGAGAAGCAUGAAAGAGAGGAAUUCACAGUCAUAGAAGAAAGGAAAGUUACUGGACUAUUUUUAUCCAUGUGUAAAAUUUUGGUUUCCGCAUUUCAUUCUUCAGAAAUGUCAUGGCUCCUGGUAUAUGUUGUGAGCCUUUCUAUGCUUUUCCUCUGAAAGCCUAUAACAUGCUGUAAGAAACAUGUUAUUCCAGUGUUAAACACUAUAGGUUUGUCAACUUUUUCCUUUACUGUUUACUAGAGAAGGGAAAAAACUUCUUGUAUUGUUCAUCUGUAUUGCAACCUUAAGUCCAAUUUUAAUAAUGGCAGGAAUCAAAGUUACCCCCUAGAGAAUAAAUGGACUUUUAUUUAUAUUGA